AUGGGCAUCUGCAGGCUUGGCUUCACUGUAAAAGCAACCAGUAGCAGUUUGCAUUGUAUGUCAUGCAGCUUCAGUAGAAUACCGCUCUCCUCAAAACAUCUCUAUGCUGAGUCAUCACCAUGUACCCAGUCACCAUCCUCAUACCCAGUCACCAUCCUCAUACCCAGUCACCAUCCUCAUACCCAAUCAACAUCCUCAUACCCAGUCACCAUCCUCAUACCCAAUCACCAUCCUCAUACCCAGUCACCAUCCUCAUACCCAGUCACCAUCCUCAUACCCAGUCACCAUCCUUAUACCCAGUCACCAUCCUCAUACCCAGUCACCAUCCUCAUACCCAGUCACCAUCCUCAUACCCAGGCACCAUCCUCAUACCCAGUCACCAUCCUCAUACCCAAUCACCAUCCUCAUACCCAGUCACCAUCCUCAUACCCAAUCACCAUCCUCAUACCCAGUCACCAUCCUCAUACCCAAUCACCAUCCUCAUACCCAGUCACCAUCCUCAUACCCAGUCACCAUCCUUAUACCCAAUCACCAUCCUCAUACCCAGUCACCAUCCUCAUACCCAGUCACCAUCCUCAUACCCAGUCACCAUCCUCAUACCCAGUCACCAUCCUCAUACCCAAUCACCAUCCUCAUACCCAGUCACCAUCCUCUUACCCAGUCACCAUCCUCAUACCCAGUCGCUAUCCUCAUACCCAGUCACCAAUCACCGUCAUCAUAUCCAGUAACUAUCCUCAUACCCAAUCACCGUCCUCAUACCCAGUCACUAUCUUCAUACCCAAUCACCGUCCUCAUACCCAGUCACUAUCCUCAUGCCCAAUCACCGUCCUCAUACCCAGUCACCAAUCACCGUCCUCAUACCCAGUUACUAUCCUCAUGCCCAAUCACCGUCCUCAUACCCAGUCACUAUCCUCAUGCCCAAUCACCGUCCUCAUACCCAGUCACUAUCCUCAUACCCAGUCACCAAUCACCGUCCUCAUACCUAGUCACUAUCCUCAUACCCAGUCAUCAAUCACCGUCCUCAUACCCAGUCACUAUCCUCAUGCCCAAUCACCGUCCUCAUACCCAGUCACUAUCCUCAUACCCAAUCACCGUCCUCAUACCCAGUCACCAAUCACCGUCCUCAUACCCAGUCACUAUCCUCAUGCCCAAUCACCGUCCUCAUACCCAGUCACUAUCCUCAUGCCCAAUCACCGUCCUCAUACCCAGUCACUAUCCUCAUGCCCAAUCACCAUCCUUAUACCCAGUCAUCAUCCUCAUACCCAGUCACCGUCUUCAUACCCAGUCACCAUCCUCAUACCCGGUCACCAUUCUCAUACCCAGUCACUAUCCUCAUACCCAGUCACUAUCCUCAUACCCAAUCACCGUCCUCAUACCCAGUCACUAUCCUCAUACCUAAUCACCGUCCUCAUACCCAGUCACUAUCCUCAAGCCCAAUCACCGUCCUCAUACCCAGUCACUAUCCUCGUAACCAAUCACCGUCCUCAUACCCAGUCACUAUCCUCAUACCCAGUCACCAAUCACCGUCCUCAUACCCAGUCACUAUCCUCAUACCCAAUCACCGUCCUCAUACCCAGUCACUAUCCUCAUACCCAGUACUAUCCUCAUACCCAGUCACUAUCCUCAUACCUAAUCACCGUACUCAUACCCAGUCACUAUCCUCAUACCCAAUCACCGUCCUCAUACCCAGUCACUAUCCUCAUACCUAAUCACCGUCCUCAUACCCAGUCACUAUCCUCAUGCCCAAUCACCGUCCUCAUACCCAGUCACUAUCCUCAUACCCAAUCACCAUCCUUAUACCCAGUCAUCAUCCUCAUACCCAGUCACCGUCUUCAUACCCAGUCACCAUCCUCAUACCCGGUCACCAUUCUCAUACCCAGUCACUAUCCUCAUACCCAGUCACUAUCCUCAUACCCAAUCACCGUCCUCAUACCCAGUCACUAUCCUCAUACCCAAUCACCGUCCUCAUACCCAGUCACUAUCCUCAUACCCAAUCACCGUCCUCAUACCCAGUCACUAUCCUCAUACCUAAUCACCGUCCUCAUACCCAGUCACUAUCCUCAUACCCAGUACUAUCCUCAUACCCAAUCACCAUCCUCAUACCCAAUCACCAUCCUCAUACCCAAUCACCAUCCUCAUACCCAAUCACCAUCCUCAUACCCAGUCAUUAUCCUAAUACCCAAUCACCAUCCUCAUACCCAGUCACUACCCUCAUACCCAGUUACCAUCCUCAUACCUCGUCACCAUCCCCAUACCCAGUCACUAUCCUCAUACCCAAUCAUCCUCCUCAUGCCAUUCACUAUCCUCAUACCCAAUCACCAUCCUCGUACCCAGUCAUCAUCCUCAUACCCAGUCACUAUCCUCAUACCCAGUCACCAUCGUCAUACCCAAUCACCAUCCUCGUACCCAGUCAUCAUCCUUAUCCGCUUCCAUCACCUCACUCACUACCCUCUUCAUCCUGACCACUGUCGUUACUGCUAG